CCGAGAGUGGGUCCAUUAUUAUUUGUCGCAUUUGACUCCGAAUAAUUCUUCCGUGAUCACUCAAAGAAGAGCUCACGUUAGAAUGGACCCAAUAAAGGAACAAUUGAUUAAGGUUAUUUAUAAUGGUGAAGAUUUUGAAGAUUCCUCUCACUUAAAGCUGUUGUACGAGUCAUUUCAUAAAAACAGUGCUCAAGAUAAUAUUGACAUCGAUCAAAUUCAUAAAGAUAAUGACGAGCAAACAAGUUGUGGUCAAGGUUUGGAGCAGCUGGAUAGAAUUCUGGAGAUGAAGCGUUACUUCAAAUGGGUAUCUAUACCCAGCGGGUUUCAUACGAGAUUUCAAAAAUGUCCAAUAAUCUCAACCUACCUCAGAGAACUGGCCUUCAAACAGCAAUUCUCAACAGAACAAGAUGAGACAAAAUCGCAACAAAAAGCUCUGAGAGGCUACAACUUGGCUAUCGCAUUUGCCCCACCAGAUUCUGCAGAAAUUACGCUAGCACUGGAAAAACGUGCCAGUUUACUGUUACAACUCGGCUAUCCUGAACUCGCUCAAUUCGAUAUUCACGCCGUUGCCUCGAAUCCAGCGUAUCCUCUCAAAUCUAUGAAAUCUGCACAAAAAUUGAUUGAUCUGCAGACUAGAUGCAGUGCCCUCGUUCAUUCUCGUAGCAAGAAAGCUCAAACAAUUAGACGAAAUGUUGAGGCACGUUUUGUUGAAAACAACUUUUAUCACAUCCGCUCAAGAAAUUCAAGGGUGGAAAAUGUAUCCGAAUGUUGCAACAUUGAUUAUGACCCGUACUGUGGAAGACGGAUUGUUGUAACGAGAAAUGUCGAACCUGGGGAAGUUCUACUUGUCGAUGAGCCAUACUCAAUAAUUCUGGAGAGGAUUUUAAACUGGGAUUUGGAACAUUGUUCAAAUUGUUCUCGACCAGUUAUCUCCGGCGUGGCGUGUGACUGCUGCACUUUCGCCUGGUUCUGCUCUACUUCUUGCAAGAUUGAGUCUACGCGUGGUCCCCACAAGUACGAGAAAUACUUAUCUUACCUCAAAUCCAGCAAAAUCAUGUCUCUCAAAGGUAUCCUAGCCGCUCGUCUCUUAUUCAAAGUUGGGCCAGAAGAGUUAUACAAGAUAUUUACAACAAAAAAUGAAUCUUAUUUUCAACCCUCGAAUGCUUCUGGUGAAGAAAAAGGAUUCUCUCCAAACGGCGUGUACACUGCCAAAUCUUACCUGCCAAUUUUUCACCUCAUUUCGCACAUGAAUGUUGAUAUCCUUAAAGCCAAAUCUAAUGCCUUUAAGGCUUUAAUUUUAACUAAUUUAAUUGACGACACGAGCCAAUUCUUCUCCAGAGUUAAGUACAAUGAAGAUUUCUUAGAAUUUAAGGACUUUAUUGCAUCCCUUCUGCUCCGCCACAUGGAAGCUAUCGAAUAUAAUGCCAUUACUCUGAGCCAACUUGUGAACAACCCGAGCUCGAAUAAUAAUUUGCAAUCAUCCACAUUGCGCUACGGUGGUGGUGUGUAUCCAGUCCUUUGCUUAGUAAAUCACUCAUGUGACCCCAACUCUGUUCCGGUCAGAAGUCUCAAGUAUCUCAAAACGUCCGUGAUUGCAAUGAAGCCUCUGCAACCUGGGGAUGAAGUAACUUUCUCAUACGCCCCACAUUUUGCUCACAUGGAAACCCACGAGAGGAGAAAGUUUUUGCUUGAUCGGUACAACUUUAAGUGUCAAUGUGAAGCAUGUUUGAGUUGGUGGGAGCCAGACACGAAGACGAUUUUGGUUCCAGAGUCGCAAUGCAAUGCGUGUGGGCGUUUCCUUUUGUCUGGUCAGUGCCCGAGGUGCAUACAGAAAGAUAUUGAUGUGAGACGUGUCCUACCAAUUUUUGAGGGUCAGGUUGCUAAAAUUGAAAAGCUUCUUCAAACUGGGGAAUAUUUAUUGGCUUUUGAGACGAUUAAGCCGUGUUUAAAGUUUUGCUAUGAAAAUUUGCCACAUAAUUUUACUCUUGGAUUAGAAUUUCAGGAAUUGUUUAAAUUAAUUUUGGUAAAAUUGGUUAGUUUGGGAUGAAAUUGCAAAAUAUUAGCAUGUUUUACUCUUGGGUGUACUGUAUGCAUAAUCAUUGAUUGAUUUAUAUAUAUAGUUAAUAUUAUUGUCAAUAAACGAGCAGGAUUCGUUUUAAUCAAAUUAA